AUGUCGGUUACGGCGAAAAACUUCUACCGUCGACCACUUCCGGAAACAUGUGUCGAGUUCUCCAGUGAAUUAGGAAAAAAGUUAUUCACAGAAGCAUUGCUUCAGGGAUCAGCAAACAUUUAUUUCAAACUUGCCUCACAGUUCAGAACCCAAGAUGAACCAGCAUACUGUGGUUUAAGUACACUAGUGAUGGUUCUCAAUGCGCUGGAAGUUGACCCAGAAAAAGUCUGGAAGGCACCAUGGAGAUUCUAUCACGAAUCAAUGCUGGACUGUUGUGUACCAUUGGAAAAUAUUAAAAAAUCUGGAAUCAACCUUCAGCAGUUCUCGUGCCUCGCAACGUGUAAUCGUUUGAGAUCCUCUGUUAGUUAUGGGGAAACAACUCCAGAAUUCCUCAAAAAAUUCCGAGCAUCGCUUGUGAACUCGGUAAAAAGCGAUGAUCAAGUUUUAGUGGCAAGCUAUGAUCGAAGCGUAUUGGGACAAACUGGAACCGGUCACUUCUCCCCAUUGGCAGCUUACCAUGCUGAUUCGGAUCAAGUUCUAAUUAUGGAUGUUGCUAGAUUCAAAUACCCUCCUCACUGGGUAAAACUAGAAACACUUCAAAAGGCGCUGUGCUCAGUUGACAUCUCAACCAAAAAGCCACGUGGAUUCGUAGAACUAGAGUUGAGGAAAGGAACGCGCCCACUGAUAAUGUACGGAUUGAAAGCAUAUGUGAAUGUGAACGAUUCUGACUUUGCCACAUCUGUAAUUUCAUGGAACGAGUUUUUACUUUGUGAUCCAUUGGAGAACGAGGAAGAGGAAUUUCAAUUAUGCUGUCGAAAAUUCGGGCAAUGUUUUGCACCACACGCCCUGUGCUGCACUCAAAAAACAUUCGAUGCUGACCAGAAGAACUCAUGUGUAGAAUGUUCAAACGAACACAGCGAUGCCUGCAAACUGAUUUGCGCCGAAAUUCGCAGAACUCGAUUCGCUGAAGUGUUUUCAAGUUCAGCAGUAGCUGCAUUGUUAGUUGCAUGGCCUUUCAAACAUGGAUAUUCCGAAAGAAGUGAUAGAAUUGGAGAUUUAACAGAAAAAUACAAAAAAGAAUUUUCAGCUGAAACCAUAAAUGAGAUGGACCAACUGACGACACAGAUCCGAACACUUAUCUGUUGUUCUAAGCCACCUGUCAUCAUUAAUGUCAACAAAACAGAAACUACAAACAACAAGUGCUCGAAAAAUAAGAUUGGCGAGACUUGCGCUUGUUCUAAUGAUGUACAUCUGUGA